CUGGCUGGCCUAAUGGGGCUGGAUGCUGGCCCGUCCGUUCCAAGCGGGGAGUUGGAUCGUGUGGCCCAGGCGAAGGCUAGGGCUUCUUGGUUCCUAGAGUGGUGGGUACUGCGUCAGGCUGGUUUCACAGAGCAGCGAGAACUACCCGCUCUUUGCAGUGGAAGGAUAACGGGCUGCUCUGGCUGGGCCAAUUGCAGACUUAAUGCUGGCCCGCCCGUUCCAAGCGGGGAGUUGGAUCUUGUGGCCCAGGCGAAGGUUUGGGCUUCUAGGUUUCUGAAGUGGUGGGUACUGCGUAGAGGCUGGAUUCACAGAGCAGCGAGAACCACCCGCUCUCUGCAGUGGAAGGAUAACGGGCUGCUGUUUGCUUGA